AUGUCUCGAGGAAGCAGCGCUGGCUUUGACAGACACAUUACCAUCUUCUCACCUGAGGGACGUGUUUAUCAGGUUGAAUACGCUUUCAAAGCCAUAAGCUCGACAAAUCUCACCGCUGUUGCCGUGAAAGGUGUUGAUACCGCUGUCAUUGCUGUGCAAAAGCGUGUCCCAGAUGGACUCAUUGUGGCUGAUUCGGUUUCUUCUGUUCAUCAUUUGAGUCCAACUGUUGGGUGCUGUGUUGUUGGAAUGAUUCCUGAUGGAAAGUUCCAAGUUUAUCGCGCUCAGUCUGAAGCUUCUGAGUUUAAAUAUAAAAAUGGUUACGACAUGCCCUGCGAGCUUUUAGCUAAAAGAAUGGCUGACAAGAACCAGUACUAUACUCAAAACGCUGAAAUGAGAAGUCUUGGUUGUGCUUUGUUGAUGAUCUCAUAUGAUGAUGAGGAUGGCCCAUGUGUGUUCCGUGUUGAUCCUGCAGGUUUUUACAGAGGAAUGAAAGCAGUUGCUGUCGGUGUCAAACAGACCCCAGCUAUCAGCUUCUUGGAGAAGAAGAUCAAGAAGAAAUCCGAUUAUUCAAAAGAUGAGGCUAUUGAGCUAGCUUUGGAAGCUCUUCAAACGAGUCUGGGAAUCGAGAUUCGAGCUAAGGAUGUCGAAGUUCUUGUUGUAACUGAGACUCAGAGAAAGUGCACACAAUUGACAAACGAUCAAGUAGAAUCCCACUUGAACGCUAUAGCUAACCGUGAUUAA